ACAGGAUGUGAAGCUAGAAGUCAGCAUCAUCCACAUGACAUUCAAGUUUUGCUCGUUUUCCUUCACGUGUGUUUCUAAAACCGUGUGUACACAUGUAUGUCUAGCUGCUGGAAAACAAACAUAAUCGUCCGCUCGGACCCGCGUACAGAUCUUCUCUCACCUCUGCGCAUGCGCAUAUUUAACACGUGCAUCUUUACAGUACAGAUCACUCGCGCUUUAAUAACAGUCUCAGGAUUCUGUUUACAUGUGUGUUACGGGAUGGCAGCUUGUUGAAGAUGCAUUGUCCUGUUCUGCUUUAGAAACUUGUCCCUCAUCUUGACCUGAGUUACUGGGACACGCGUCUGGUGUCUAGUAUGUGGAGAACAUCCUGACCGUGGUCGUCUUCUGACAUGUUCAGGCUCCGGUUGAUUCGGGCCGGUUCCCGCAGGCUGUUUCACAGUGGGGCCGCCAGCCGGGACCAGGUCCUGGACCAGCUGCAGGUCUGCUCCGCAGAAGACCAGGUGUUUGAUGUGGUUGACCGAAACAAAGCCAAGCUGUCUGCGAGACACGUGGGAUGUGCUAUCGGACUGCUGUGGCAGAUUCAGAGGGAAAGACCACAGAUCCUCAGGACGGUUGAGAUCGUCCGAAACCACCCGCAGUUCCUAACACUACGAGUUCUGGCUGAAAAUAAGAUCAGUCUGAUGGAUGAUGGCUCAGUGGUAAACAUGCUUUACGAUGUUCUCAGGCUGAAUGUGGAGCAGCACGACUCUCUUGUUCAGCAGUUGGUGACGGAGGCUUGGAACCGACUCGAGAGGUUUCAGAUGCCCACGCUUUCAAAAUUUGCUGUAUGUCUAAGCGAUCAGUUUCUUCAGCACAGUCCGCUGAUGGGACAGAUUACUGAUAUUGUGAGUCGGAGGCUCGACUCCAUUCAAGAUGCCAGAGUGCUCACCACUUUAAUGAUCAGCAUUUCUUCUCUGGUGUCACCCAAAUUACGCGACGCGCUGAUCGAGAAAGCGGACGCCCUUCUUGACCAAAUGGACCCGCUUCAUUUUAACAACCCCAGAAGGGUGGUGCAGUUUCUCCGCAACAUAAGACACGUCCAUCGACCCCUGCUGGAGAAAUGUAACCGUAUUCUGCUGCAGAACAUCCCUCAUCUGGAUGCAGAACAUAUCAGCAUCAUUCUUGGACUUUAUCAGUCUAUGCAGUUCAAUAACUGUGACUUUCGGCUGGCUGCUAAGCAGAAGUUGAUGGAGCUGGUGGACACGAGCACUGAUCCUGCAACAUUCACCAAACUCUUCGCUUCUCUAGGACCCAUGGCGGGGCAAGGAAUCAGAGAGGGGUUAGAGAGUACUGCGCUGCUAUUGGCCAAUGAGUUGAAUGCCCAGCAGGCUCUUGGUGUGAUGGAGACGAUGGAAGAGAUGCAAUCCAGGAACCUUCAGCUAAUAAACAAGAUGGCAGGAAUUAUCUUUAAGAAUCUGGAGACAUAUCGGGCAGUAGAGAUCGCUCGGAUAACACAGACUCUUAUUCUGCUACACUGCCAGAAUCCAGAGAUCUUUUCUAGACUGAGAACCAAACUGCUGCAGUAUCUUCAGCACAGUGUCUACCCCUAUGAGGUGACCAUGCUUACCCGGGUUCUGUCUAUGCUCUCUUCUUCCCGUCUCGAUGAGGGCGUCCUGUCCCGUGUAAAUGCCGUGAUUCCGCAGUGCAACCUGAACGACCUCAACACGUUCGCCAUGGUCGUUGCCAAGUGGAUUCGCAACGACCCCUCGUACCGCCACAACACACCCAGCAAGUACGUCCGGCUCCUUCAGACCCUGAACCGCUGCGGACACGAGCGGCUCCAUCAGUUCGAUCGACUGGAGGUUGUGCUGGAGGAAGUGAAGUACUUGUCGGGGGAAUGGUUUGAAGAAAUGUUGGUAGAGCAAUCCAUGGUCACCAUGCAGAGACUAAUUGAUCAGAUAUCCUGGACAAACAUACCCGAGCUGGCCGUUUAUCUGACCCGAACGAACUACCUCUGUACCCCGCUGCUGGACCGCAUCGCUGGUGUGAUGAUUGAAAAUAUAGAGAAGAUUCAUUAUUCUGCAACGUAUGCCGCUUUGCUGCCUUUUGCUGUGCUGAACUAUGACCCGUCAGGAUCAGAAGAGUUUCUUGAUGUUUGCGUUCAACAUUUCACUCCACAUAUUAGUUCAUUUGAUCCACACCUCCUGGUUCUUCUGGCUUAUGCAUUGGCCAUGGCUGAUUAUUUCCCAGAGGAAGUGAUCAGAGAGAUCUUCAACGUGGACUUCCUUGCCAGGUUGGAUGCCCAACUGGAGACCUUGCCGGAUGCUCUGAACAUGCGCGUGCGUCUCCGACUGAUGGAGCUGAAUCGUGCCGUGUGUCUGGAGUGCCCAGAGUUUCAGGUGCCCUGGUUUCAUGAGCGCUACUGUACACAGCUGCAGAAGAGAGCGCAUCUGACCUCUGACAAAAGUCCGAUGUCAGGGACAAAGUCACAGGUCAACACAGCAUUCGCCAAUAGCUCCAUAAGUGCCGCUCAACAGCAGAUUCAUAAGAUGCUCGGUGGAGUGCUCGGUUCCAUCAGCUGUGCCAGGGUGGGAGUCUUGACUCCUUACUUCUAUACUGUUGAUUUUGAGUUUAUCCUUGACCGUAACCUUCAGCCGAUACCGUACGGCGAGUCGAGUCCGCUGCAGAUCAGUGAGAACGGUAAAGUGGAGUGGGAAUCUAAACCUGCUGACAGAGAGAGAUCAGAGCUGCCGCCCGGUGCCCGCCGCAUUGCCUUGGAUUUCCUGGAUGCCAAAUCCUUCUGCAAAAAUUCCCGGCAAAUGAAAGGGGAUGCCACGAUGAGGAAGAGACAUCUGGAGAUUUUAGGAUAUCACGUAUUACAGAUUCCUCACUUCGAAUGGAAUUCAAUGGAGCUUUCCACAGAAGAUGCAUGGAGGGAAUAUUUGAGAAGGAAAAUAUUCACAGAAUUACCAUGAGACUCAAAACAUCUACAUAACAUGACAAGAGAUUGUAACUACAGUAUUUCUUCUAUAGGAGAUAACAUUUGUGAUCUUUUAACUGAACUGUGACAGAAAUGCACUGCAGUCAUGUUUUAUACCGUUAUUUGUUAUAAAUAAAUUAAAUAUUACUCUGUAACUAUUUACACUCAUAAUGAUGAAAUUAUACAGUGUUUGGAUUUAAAUGUAUUUAUUUUUACAUGUUUUUUUUUUUAUAAAAAAUGUAUGGAUGAAAAACAAUAAAUUUAAAUUUGAUAUCUUCA